AUGCGGUUCUCUUUCCUCUUCUCCGUCCUACUGCUUCUGCACCAGGCUGCAGCCCAGCUUUCCGGUAGUGUUGGUCCCUUGACCAGUGUCUCAACCAAAAAGGCGAAGAAAACCUGCAAUGUUCUUGACUACGGUGCCAAAGCCGAUGGAAAGACUGACCUUGGUCCUCCGUUGCUAGCUGCUUUCAAUGCUUGCUCCUCUGGUGGUCUUGUCUAUGUCCCUUCUGGAAGUUACCUGCUAAGCACUUGGGUUACUCUAAGCGGUGGCUCAGCUUGGGCUCUUCAAAUUGAUGGAAUCAUCUAUCGAGGGGGUACUAGUGGGGGCAACAUGAUAUUCAUUGAGCAUACAAAUGAUUUUGAAUUAUUCUCUUCUCAUGCAUCUGGCGCAAUUCAAGGAUUGGGAUAUGAGUUUCAUGCUCAAGGGAGUAUAUCGGGCCCUAGGAUCCUGCGAUUCUACGAAGUUACUAAUUUUUCCGUACAUGACUUCAUCUUGGUUGACUCGCCUAGUUUCCAUUUUAGUAUGGAUACCUGCCAGAACGGAGAAGUCUACAACAUGGCCAUUCGAGGUGCUAACGAAGGUGGCUUGGAUGGCAUUGAUGUCUGGAGUGACAAUAUUUGGAUUCACGACGUUGAGGUGACUAAUAAGGAUGAAUGCGUUACUGUCAAGAGUCCGGCACAUAAUAUACUUAUCGAGGACAUCUAUUGUAAUUGGAGCGGUGGAUGUGCCAUUGGCUCUCUCGGAGCAGGCACUGAUAUCAGCAACGUCUUAUAUCGAUAUGUCUAUACCUGGUCUUCCAAUCAAAUGAUGAUGAUCAAAUCCAAUGGUGGAAGUGGUUCGGUCGAGAAUGUCAUUUUCCAGGACUUUAUUGGCCACGGGAAUGCCUACUCUCUUAAUGUCGAUUCCUACUGGUCUUCUCAAACCACCGCCGCCGGGAAUGGCGUAGAGUACAAGAAUAUUACAUUUACCAACUGGCACGGUACCGAAGCCAAUGGUGCACAGCGAGGCCCUAUCCGCGUGAUUUGCCCCGACAAAGUCCCCUGCACUGGCAUUACUAUCAGUGAUUGGGCCAUGUGGACCGAAUCAGGCACUUCACAAACAUACAGCUGCAGAAGCGCGUACGGCAGUGGAUCAUGUUUACGAAACUCGGCUUCCGGCACAAGCUCAUAUACUUCGACCACCACUGCGACUGCUGCUCCGAGUGGCUACUCUGCCCCUACCAUGGCUGCCGACUUGAAGAAUUCCUUCGGCACGACAGCUAGCAUACCGAUUCCGGCUGUCCCAACCUCUUUCUUCCCGGGUCGAAGUCCGGUUAGCAAGCUGGCAGGAAGUUCAUAA